UUUUUUGUUCUUUCUCCUCCCUUGUUUGACUGUUUAUAGUAGAACGAAAUGCCCAUUAGACCAGCGUCAUUCCUUCACUGGAUAAAUAGUAUGUCUUCUCGUACGUUUUACCUAUCUCUACUAUUAGGAAGUUUAGUAGUGGUGAAUAUUUAUUUCCUUUAUACGAUUAUCUUGCCUUGGUUCUCCAACCGUAAUGGUAAAGUCACACCAAUAGUACCACCACCACCUAGUCUUCCUAAGCCAUAUCAUCCACCUUAUUAUGGAGUUCCUAAGCAAAGAAUUCCUCCUAGUCGACGGAAAUUUAAAAGUCAGGUUAUUGAUGAUUAUAUUAUAUUGAAAUCAAAAACCAUGCAAGAUCAAGAUUUGGCCACUUUAUUAAAUAAUUGUCUACCAAAUACCUUGGAUACCACCAUUGAAUGGUAUGAUCUAAAAUAUCCCCACACUUUUUUGAUCACAGGAGACAUUCCUGCCAUGUGGAUACGUGAUUCUACCAAUCAAAUAUUACCUUAUCUACCUUUUAUAAAUGAAGAUCUUCAGUUACAAUCUUUGAUUUUAGGAGUGAUCGAAACUCAAGCUGAUUAUCUUACUUAUGAUCCUUAUGCCAAUGCCUUUUUACGUCCUUGGUAUGCUACUAUUGAUGACAAAAAGAAUCCAGCACAUGGUCGAGUACAGGAUAGAGUUAUUCCUCAAUAUGAUAGUCAAUAUGUCUGGGAAUCUAAAUAUGAAUUGGAUUCACUUGGUCAUUUCUUUGAAUUGGGAAAUGAAUAUAUGACCGCCACAGGUGACACUGAAAGAGUAUUAGGAAGUAAAACCUGGCUACAAGCUGUUCAUCGUGUACUUCAAGUGAUUCAUGAUCAACAAAGAGGAACAUGGGAAGAGGAAGAACGUUUUCCAAGGGCAAGAGUCUAUAAAAAGCCACCCUUUCCCAUUUAUGAGAAUUCAUCAUCAUCAUCAUCAUCAUCAUCAUUUUCUCAAGAAGAACCUAUGCCUUUACCUUUAGAUAAAGGUUAUCGAUUCACAAGAUAUAGUGAUCGUCCAACCGAAACAUUAGGAGCAAAUGGAUUAGGUGGAAUAUCUCAAAGGUGUGGAUUAGUGAAAAGUGCAUUUAGACCUAGUGAUGAUGCAACUACUUUUCCUUACUUGAUUCCUGCCAAUGCACAAAUAUCAGUUCAACUCAAACGAUUAGCACAGAUCAUUCGAACAGCUUUGAUUAGCAACAAAGUCGAUCAUCAUAGAAAACAAUUAUCAGAUAUUGCUGUGGAAGCACAAUCACUUGGAGAUAGGAUUCAUCAAGCGAUCUAUGCUCAUGCAGUGGUGGAUCAUCCGGUACAUGGAAAAAUAUUUGCAUACGAAGUGGAUUGUUAUGGAUCUUUUAUUCUUAUGGAUGAUGCUAACACACCCUCAUUAUUAUCUUUGCCUCUACUUGGAUUUAUGGAGCGUACGGAUCCAUUGUACCUACGCACACGUUCGUUCUUAUUAUCAUCAUCCAAUCCAUGGUAUUUCAAGGGAAAGUUUGGUCAAGGCAUUGGUGGGCCACAUACUGGUUAUGGCAUGAUUUGGCCUAUCAGUCUUCUUGUACAGAGUCAGACAUCCACAGAUGAAGAUGAAAUUAAGAUCAUUUUGGAUACAUUGAAACGUCUUGCAAGUCAAUCAACUCAUGGUUGGAUGGUCGAAUCCUUUCACAAAGAUAAUCCCAAGUUAUUUACACGACCAUGGUUUAGUUGGGCAAAUGGAUUACUUGGCACCACAAUAGCUGAUCUUGAUGCCAGGUUUCCUCAUCUUUUGUAAUAUCAUUUGGAAUAAAGUAUUAGCUUAUCUAUUUUUUAAA